CGCGCCUCUGAGUCUCUGUUGCUGUGCUGACAUACAGAAGAGACUUUAUCUCAACACACUCUGCAGAGACACAGGAGAGGAUAAGGAUGGAGUUAUCACUGAUGGCAGCGCAGCAUUUUCAAGCCGUCAGCGGGGCCUUCAUGGAUUCUCCAUACACUGGCAACUCAUCCCUUCAGACUUCCACUUCCAACCUCAAUGCGAACUUCUCCCGACCGGCCGAACAAGAAGAGGAGGGCAAGUUUUCCAGCGAUGCCAUCUGGCUGUGGGUGGCUGUCAUUGCAACCAUUGGCAACAUUGUUGUGGUAGCAGUGGAGUUUCGUAAAAGGUCUGUGAUAUUUUUCUGGACAGUUUGAUCUCAGAAAUAUGGCACAGUCCAUUGUCGGGGUUAGCGGAGGUUGUGUGCUUGGCUUUGGAGUCAGUGGAGACAUAGGGGCCCACCACCCACUCAACUACUUCACAAUGUGCCUUAGGGAAACCUCACGCUGCCAAUCCGAACGCACUGGUGGAAACAGCAUUUAGAUUGCUUAUCCUAUUUUGAAGAUUGAAAGGAACACAACUACCGAAGGGACGUAUUUCAUUAUAUUUUCUAAAGAAGAAACAGCCUUGAGACAAAGAUAGCUUUGGUUGCUGCCAGAGCAUGAUGUGAACCUGUUUAAAGAUGCUUUGGUGU